AUGGAAGGUAGAUCAAUCCUCUGCCGUGAUCCUCAUACCAUGACAGCAUCCAGCUCCAGCGUGCUUGUAUACCCCAGACGAAAGACCCUCCAAGGCUUCCUCAUGCUCUACAAGGGCGCGAGAGGCGUCAGCCUCAAGGCCUCCUCCCUCCAAGCUCUCUUCCACCUCCCCCAGACCAAAGCUGCCGCCUCCCUGGGGCUGUCGCUCACGGCGUUCAAGAGCGCGUGCCGCCGACUCGGCAUCGCUCGCUGGCCGUACGAGCGCAAGUCUCGCCGGGAGCGAGCGGAGGACGAGGUCAAGCGGGAAGGGGAGCAGGAUGACGAGCACGACCGGGAACAGGAAAAAGAACAGAAUUGUAUGGAAGAAAAUCAGCAGGAUGGCGACGAGCCGCUGGAGCCGGAGUGGAUCGACUGGUACAUGUCCGCCAGCGAGAGCGAAGGCACGGGGCUGCCUUGGGAGGGCGGAGCCUAG